AUGGCGGGGGACUUGCAGGUUCUGAACGCCCUGGACGUGGCGAAGACGCAGUGGUACCACUUCACCGCCGUGAUCAUCGCCGGGAUGGGAUUCUUCACCGACGCCUACGAUCUCUUCUGCAUCUCCCUCGUCACCAAGCUCCUCGGACGCAUCUACUACCACGUCGACGGCGCCCCCAAGCCGGGCUCCCUCCCGCCCAACGUCGCCGCCGCGGUCAACGGCGUCGCGCUCUGCGGCACCCUCGCCGGCCAGCUCUUCUUCGGGUGGCUCGGGGACAAGCUGGGCCGGAAGAAGGUGUACGGCCUCACCCUGAUGCUGAUGGUGAUCUGCUCCGUCGCGUCGGGCCUCUCGUUCGGGCACGAGCCCAAGUCCGUGAUGGCCACGCUCUGCUUCUUCCGCUUCUGGCUCGGGUUCGGGAUCGGCGGCGACUACCCGCUCUCCGCCACCAUCAUGUCCGAGUACGCCAACAAGAAGACGCGCGGCGCGUUCAUCGCCGCCGUCUUCGCGAUGCAAGGGUUCGGCAUCCUCUCCGGCGGCGUCUUCGCAAUCAUCAUCUCCUCCGCCUUCAACUUCUGGUUCAGCGCCCCGCCCUACGCGGUCGACCCCGCCGCCUCCACCGUCCCGCAGGCCGACUUCGUCUGGCGGAUCAUCCUCAUGGUCGGCGCUCUGCCGGCGCUGAUGACGUACUACUGGCGGAUGAAGAUGCCGGAGACCGCAAGGUACACGGCCCUUGUCGCCAAGGACGUCGGCCGCGCCAACAAGGACAUGGCCAAGGUGCUGGACACGGAGAUCGAGGAGCAGAAGCCGGCGGCGGCGGCGGAGGAGGAGGAGAUUAUUGCGAGGAGCCGCCAACAACAACAACAACAGGGCUACGGCCUCUUCUCCCGCGAAUUCAUCCGGCGGCACGGGACCCACCUGCUGGGGACCACCACGACGUGGUUCCUGCUGGACAUCGCGUUCUACAGCCAGAACCUGUUCCAGAAGGACAUCUUCAGCGCCGUGGGGUGGAUCCCGCCGCCGCAAACCAUGAACGCGAUCCAGGAGGUGUACAGGAUCGCCAGGGCGCAGACGCUGAUCGCGAUGGUCAGCACGGUGCCGGGGUACUGGUUCACGGUGGUGCUGAUCGACGUGAUCGGGAGGUUCGCCAUCCAGCUGAUCGGGUUCUUCUUCAUGACGGUGUUCAUGUUCGCGCUGGCGAUCCCGUACGACCACUGGAAGCAGAGCGGCAACCGCAUCUGGUUCGUGGUGCUGUACGCGCUGACCUUCUUCUUCGCGAACUUCGGUCCCAACGCGACGACGUUCGUGGUCCCCGCGGAGAUAUUCCCGGCGCGGGUGAGGUCGACGUGCCACGGGAUAUCGGCGGCGUCCGGGAAGCUCGGGGCGAUCGUGGGGGCGUUCGGGUUCCUGUACCUGGCGCAGGAUCGGGACAAGGCCAAGGCGGAUGCAGGUUACCCGGCCGGGAUCGGGGUGAGGAACUCGCUGAUUGUGUUGGGGUUCGUCAACUUGCUGGGGCUGCUGUUCACGUUCUUGGUGCCGGAAUCCAAAGGGAAGUCGCUGGAGGAGAUGUCUGGGGAGCAGGAGGAGGAUGACUCUUCUGCAGCAGCUUCCAACAAUGAUAAUAGGACUGUUCCGGUAACAGUCGCUUAA